CUGUGAUUGAACGUUGGAAGUACUCUGUUGCGAGCAGGAACACGAAUGUGUGAGCAAGAGGUGGGAUGGCGCAAUGCGCAUGGAGCUUACUCGGCACAUAUUCGGAAACAUGUCGCUUACGACGUCAUCUUGGAAGAUGCGUAAGUGCUGACAACAUGACGCUUGAUCGGUUCUCGGCUGCUUCCAACAUCCACUUUUCUUUCAGGUAGACAUUCUAUAUCAUUUACUGCACUCCGCUAUAACCAUUUUGCCCACUGUCCUUUAAUCUUGCAGUAAACAUGGCCCACCACGUCCUCCUCAUCGGCGGUCACGGCAAAGUUGCCCAAAUUCUUACACCGCUCCUGCUGGCCAAAUCAUGGAACGUGACCAGCAUGAUACGCACUGCCUGUCAACAACCGGCGAUUGAAAAGCUGGGACAGGAUCAGCCCGGGAAAUUAGAUGUACUGGUCCAUAGUGUUGCGGAUGUAAAGAGCGAGGCCGAUGCGAAGAGCGUCUUGGAACGGGUGAAACCGGAUUGGGUUGUCUGGAGCGCUGGAGCUGGUGGCAAGGGCGGCGCCGAGAUGACGUUUGCAGUCGACCGCGAUGCAGCCAUAGCGUUCACAAAAGCCAGCAUUCACACACCUUCCAUCAAGAAAUUUUUAACAGUAUCUUACCUUUCUUCUCGCAGUGGCCGCGCGCCUUGGUGGAACGUGGAAGACUGGAAAGCGGCACAGAAAGUGAACACGGAAAUCUUGCCAAACUACUUCAAAGCCAAGGUUGCAGCUGAUGAGGUCCUUACAAUACUUUCCCAAGACCGAGUGACCCAGGAAGAGAAAGAUGGUGCGCCCGCUGAUCAGCGCUUCUGUGGUAUCAGCCUACGGCCUGGCACGCUGACUGAGGAGCCGGCUGGAAAGGUGAAGAUGGGCAAAAUUGGGGCAAGCGGUAAGACGAGCCGUGCGACGGUCGCAGAGAGCGUGGUUGGUGUUUUGGAAGCCGAUGGCGUGAGGGGCUGGGUCGAUGUCAUUGACGGUGACGAGGAAAUCGUAGAAGCUGUGAAGAGAUACGUCAAGGAGGGGCAGGAUGCCAUUGAAGGAGAGGAUCUGGCUGAGAUGAGGGAUAGGGUCAAUAAGUUCUAGGGAAAGUCGCUACGCAGUUCUAUACGUCGCGAUGAUGGUCUUAGGUGAACCUAGUUGUCUGGCAAAUAUCUUGCUCUUUAUCAUGUCUGCAAACUCGCGAUGAAGCACCUGAAGUGCAUCGAGAUCGAUCGACAUAAAUUAUAAGUGCACUUUCUGUUCACUUGUCAAAAUGCUCAUUAUACUAGAGGGACCAAUAUACAUCUACUCUAUCCUGAACUAUCCGUAGCCCUCUUUCCAU